CAAAAUUCACGUGUUGUAAGCCGGCGCGACUGACUGCAUUACGAAUUUCUGUAAAAUGAUUCUGAAAAUAUGACUAAAAUCAUCAAGCUAAAUUGGAAGUGUUUCGUGAAGCAGUUUCAAAGAUAUUUCACUAUGGAGAAGAGUCAGGUAUUAAAUUUUUUAGCAGGAGAAAGGAAUGCUCCCAAUGAAAUCUUACGUACCAUUGAAAAAAGAAAUCCUGCCACAGGUUCUUUUAUGUUCAAUUUACAGUGUUCCAGUCAAGCAGAUGUUAACUCUGCUGUCAAAAGUGCUAAAGAAGCUUUCAGUAUCUGGUCAAAACGCAGUCCACGUGAAAGAGGACAAGUUUUAUUGGCAGCUGCAAAUAGAAUACGGUCUCGGCUAGAUGAAAUAGCUUAUGCAGAAGUGCAAGACACUGGAAAGCCUAUAUGGGAAGCCAGAAUCGAUAUUUCUGAAUGUGCCAACACUAUAGAAUAUUUCGGUGGCAUCGCAGCAACAAUAAGUGGAAAUCACCAUGAAUUAUCUGAUGGUAAUUUUGCAAUAAUAAAACGAGAACCUCUUGGUGUUGUUGGUGGUAUUGGAGCAUGGAAUUACCCUUUUCAAAACAUGUCAUGGAAAAUAGCUCCUGCAUUAAUUUGUGGAAAUACCUUCAUUUAUAAGCCUUCUGAAUUCACUCCAGUGACAUCAGUUCUUUUAGCAGAAAUUUUCACAGAAGUUGGAUUACCCCCUGGAGUUGUAAAUGUUAUCCAAGGUGGUUCAGAAACUGGGGAAUUCAUUUGCCAACAUCCGGAAGUUUCUAAAGUAACUUUCACAGGCAGUGUUAGCACUGGGAAAAAAAUAAUGAAAUCCUGUGCAGAUACUGUGAAAAAGGUCACAUUGGAACUUGGUGGAAAAUCAGCACUUAUAGUGUUUUCUGACUGUGAUAUAAAAAGUGCAAUCAAAGCAACUUUGUUGGGGAAUUUUCUCACUCAAGGUGAGGUUUGUUCGAACUGUACUCGAGUAUUUGUCCAGAAACCUAUUCUUAAGGAGUUUGUUGAGCGUUUGGUAUUAGCAACUAAAAAACUCAAAAUUGGUGAUCCUCUCCAUGAUGAUACAACUGUUGGAGCUGCAAUUAAUGAGAACCAUGGAAAGAAAAUUAUGAGUUAUAUUGAAUCAGCAAGGAAAGAGGGUGCUACUGUUGCUUGUGGUGGUGAAAAAAUUCCUCCUCCUGAAAGCCAUCUAAAAGGCUAUUUCAUAUCACCAUGUGUACUUACUAACUGCAGUGAUGAAAUGAUAGCAGUAAAAGAAGAAAUAUUUGGGCCUGUCGUAUCUGUGCUAUCAUUUGAUUGUGAAGAUGAAGCUAUUACUCGAGCAAAUUCUUCUCCAUUUGGUUUAGCAGCUGGAGUAAUGACAAAGGAUCUUCAGAGAGCACAUCGCGUUGCUUCAGCCCUUCAAGCUGGCAUUGUGUGGAUAAAUAAUUAUAACAUUUUCCCUCCAGAAGUUCCAUUUGGUGGUUAUAAAAUGUCUGGAAUUGGAAGAGAAAAUGGCUUAGCUGCUAUUAAUGAGUUUUCUCAACUGAAAACUGUUGUUGUUGAAAUGAAUCAGGAUAUUGUUUGUCCAUUGUAUAAUGAAAGUAAUUAACUUCAUAAAGUUAAUUUAAAAUAAUUUUGUGCAAUAAUAAUAACGUGAAUGAUAAAUUAUGAUUUCUAAAAUUACUAUUGGUAUGGGAAGGCACUUUUAUUUGCAAACUUUGGAACUGUAAUAAAGUUCUUCAAAUCUAACUUGGAAAUUGUAUUUCCACACUUUUGUCUGUGUGCAACUUUUUCAUAUCUUCCUCCGAUUUGUGAGUAAAUAAUAUUGAAUUUAAAAUAAUUACAACAUAUGCUGAAUAUGGCAUAGUAUAGCUGACAAAUAUGGUUUUGUUAUAUAUCUUGAAUAUAAUUUAAUUUGAUGUAUAUAGUAAAGAAUGCCUGUGUUUAAGGACAUGUUGGUCAUGUGAGUUAUUUGCAAUGAAAAUGCGAAUUUCAAUGUUCCAAGCUAAAUAUGCUUUUGACCAAAUUAAAUUUUUUCUUGUAUAAGAUUUUGGCAUUAAACUGAUAAGAAUUAAGAGUACACAUAAAAUCAGUUAUGGCUUAUUAUAUAAAUGAAAGAUAAAAUUUUAAGGAGUUUUUAAAUCAUAUUAUGCUUAAUGUGCAAAAUUUGUGAUUGCUUUUAAAUUUCUUACAUUUUUGUUCAAUUUAGUUAUAAAGCAUAUUUUUUUUUUUUAGAACUUAGCAACUUAAAUAAGUGAACAAAUUUAACUUUGAGCACUGAAAUACAAGAUUUAUCAUGCUUGUGUAAUAUAUAUGAAACAUUUAUUAAUACAGAAAACAAUAUUAUAUAAAAGACAGCAUUAAUUAGGAAUAAGUGAUGAUGAUGUCGUGUCUAUGACAAAGUGCAAUUAUAUAGCUUCGAAGCUGUGUCAAAAAGACAGCUUUUGCAACCUCGGCAGCUUUAUCAGUAUAAAGCAGGUCCACGGGUCUUCAAUGCCGAUGUUAAAUAAUCUGGCCUGGAUUGCUGGGCAGCUGAAGAUGUGAUGGCGAGACAGUGGGAUGUCAUCUGGGCAAUGAGGACAAAUGUUGGUGUUAACACGCUGUCCGUCUCCAGAAAUCCUCAUCCCUUUUAAGUGAUUUGUCCUAAGUCUGGUUAUGAUAGUCGAUAUGGCUCUGUCACAGUUUAAUUCCGAGCUGGAGUUUCCUUUAAUUUGACCAAUUAGUCUUUGACUAGCAACUGCAUUGGCAUCAGCGAGGGUUAGGCAGUUGGAUGGCUGAGGAGAAUCACGGAAUGCCUUUGCAAGCUCAUCGGCCUUCUCAUUACCAAAAAUAUUUACAUGAGCCGGUAUCCAUGUAAGAUGCAGGAUCUU